AUGCCUAAAUCUUCCCCCUCAUCCCGAGCCUUGAUGUAUCAUGGUUCAUUCCAUGAUACAUUACACUCUCAACCUGCGCCGCAAAAAUCUUCGAACAAUUACAGUAACGGGCUUGGGUCUGCGAUUUCGAACGAUAGUUCUCUUGGUACCCUUCGUUUUCCGACUGAGGCCGAGCGAGGGACUCCUCAUCAAUUGUACUAUUCCGAGGAUGACAACCCUUUACCCUCCGGAUCUGUUCCUCAGACAUGCACUUCGCUAGACUUCAACGACGCUCUGCAGGACCAUGACAGUCUUGACUCGGCUCAGGCUGACACGGUGGGUCCGAUGCGCGUUGCCAAGAACCAUAGCCGCCGCCAACCACCCAAUCACAUUCCCCGUCCCCGUAAUGCGUUCAUCUUGUAUCGCUCGUGGUAUGUGAAGGAAGGGUUCUUGUCCGGGGUUGAGAAUGACCACCGCGAGAUUAGUCGGAUCGUUGGCAAGAUCUGGAAGCAGUUGUCCACAGAAGAGCAAGAAUCAUGGAAGCGCAGGGCCGAAAACGAAAAGGCCGAGCACGCACGAAUGUAUCCUAACUACAAGUACUCGCCCAACUCUCGUCGAGAUGCCGCUGCCGCUGCUUCGUCCUCAGCUGGUAGAAACUCCCUUGUCCGCUCGUCCAACCGUUCCCGCAAAGCUAAGGUGUCUGAAACGCCGCCUAAGGAGCGUUCAGACGCGAUUGCGGAUGCGUUUGUCACUGGGUCACGUAAGCUUAGCUUGACUCUUGACGUCCGCAAGAUGGACGAUCGAAUCGAGGCAGAGGAAUCCGAAAUUCAAUCGACCUAUCUAACACAUCCUACCUCAGCUUCUGGUCAACCAUCCGCUGAGCCCGAGCGCCCAGAUUUAUCCGUGUAUUCUCGUGCACCUUCGGUCGACUUGGUUUCGAAUUCUGUCUCUAAUGAUAGAAUCGAUAGAUCAAACGUACAUGGAACACUACUGGAUGUUAACUAUGAGCCGACCAGUGACUUCUCUCUUGCCGCCUACUCGAUUCUCCCCAACGAGUUGAGCCCGGAGUCGGUUCAGCUACUUUCCCCAGAGGAGUACUACACGAGUGAGACAUUCUUGAAGACAGCACUCAGACAAGACUACGAUGCCAGCGCAACGCUUGGCACAGGUGUGACAUGUGGUCAUGAGACUAAUCUUAGUCUGACGGAGUUCCCGACUGAUUCGAAUUUGUACUCGCCAACUUCGUACACUAGCGCUACGCCUAGUUACUAUGCUGUUGCUCCCGAGCCUGGACUCUCGCCAUUUGGCCGUGUCCUUCAUGAGGGAACCUGGGAUGGUCACCCAGAGGCAAUUCCUUACGAUACACCGAUAUGGAACACCUUACUUUCGUCAUGCUCUGCGGCGACUAACACAAACAGUAGCUUGCCCUCAGACUUGUUCUCAAACUUCUCGUGGGGUCAUAAUCAGGACUGCUCCACCACCGAAGAAGAAUACUCCGCGUCUAGCGUCUCUAGAGGAGAGAUGCAAUCCGAUGAAUAUAAACUCUUUUCUGAGUGGUGUACCCCCGACUCUCCUAUUGCCACCGAUGGCCCGGGAGACAACGUGCUCACCCACACGAGUCUUUCGAGUGGAGCGCCGCUGUCACUGAUCUACCCUUCUCCGACAUACCCCCCAAAGCCCUCGGCUCUGCUUUACCAUUCCUGGGAUACCGGUUGCGAAGAUAUGGACGCGUAUAGGACACAACGAUUAUGUACGCUGAACCACUCAUUAACCCUGAGAUCCCUAACGGGCCCACAUACACCACCGGACGGCACCACCCGCUCCAUCCUCCUGACUCCCACUACCAUGUCCCUCCCAACUACGAACGAGACCCCCGCGUCCUCCACCAUGAAGUAUGAGACGCUCGAGGAAGGAGCUUUAGUUCCAUCCGAUCCAACGACCGCGUUGAUAGGAGUGCUGGAGCCCCUUCAAAAUGAAGCGGACGGUUCGAUAUCCCGUCGACCGCGCAACCCGUUUAUUCUCUUUCGAACAUGGUAUAUCAAGCAAGGCCACCUGAAGCAGGUUACUUCAUCUGGUAGUGAACUAAGUAAAAUCACUGGGAAGCUAUGGAAAGCAAUGCACGAAGAGGACAGGAAGUUCUGGGCUGAACAAGCCAGGUUGGAACGGGAGGCAUCCCAGGGGCGGACGUACGCACCACCCGCAGCCUCAAGACCUCGAGGUGCUCGGAAUGCGCGCAAAAGGGCAAUGGCCGCUAGUUUACGAUACGAUCCCCUGGCGAUACGUGUACCUGACCCUACGGACCAACGUAUGGACAACAUAGUUCAACUGAUUAUGGCAGGCAAGACAGGUGACGAGAUUGGCGGCGAACUACGAAAACAAGAGCUUCAGGCUGAAAAAGCUUCAUCUUCAUCCCCUGCGAUGGAACUGCCAUCUUUACCCUUGGUUGCCCCCGUACCUCGCUCUGCCCGCUCAAGUGUCUCUUUUGACACCUUGGAGUUCCAAUCGCAACUUGCUCUUUCACAACUCGACCAAAACUCCCCUACUUCUUCACUGAGUCCAAAUACGUCCUUGCAAGACCUGCCCAUGACUCCAGAUCUUAGCGUGGUGCCGUCUGGCUACAGCACCCCCCAAGGCUUGGCUUCACGACGGGGCUCGGCAGCCCUUGUCUCACAGGCCGAAAGAUCUGGGACUCUCGACAUCGCUACUGACUAUACAUUCGGCAUGGCGUCGCUCCACAAUCGGGCUGGUUCCAUUGACACGGAGGCCUGGUCUCUGGCUGCAACGCCGGAUGCUGGGAUGACUAGCUUCCAGUCUCAGCCGGCGCCAAUAGGUCACAAGGAAUACGAGCCUCCGCAUCUAGUCUACCCUCAGGGUUGGAAUUAUUACAGCACCCCCGUUCCCGUCCAUGGUUUGAAUUACCCGCCAGGGAACUAUGAAGUGCCGGGUCAUCCGAAUUACGCUUCUUACGGUCUGGCUUCAACGGCAACCUGGUAUGGCCCAGAAUUUGUUUCACCAUUCGACGUGCCUGGGCAUGCUCCCUUGGUCCACGCAGGAGAUCUAUGCUGGCCUCCUGAGUGGGUCAACGAUUGUUACUAG